AACAUUUUCAAAUGUUUCGGUGAUCUCGUGGGGCAUAUGAGUUGAGUGCAAAAUAAGAAUUGGAAAAUCCGGACAAUAUAAAAAUGAAUACCAAGUACUGUAAAACGUUUUGUUUCAAUGAUGGACAGUGUACUUCAUGCAAUCUGAACGAAGUUCUACAUGAAACAAAAUGUCUUGGAUGUAAUUGCCCAAGAGAAUGGACAGGAGAUCGAUGUGAAAAAAGAGCAAAAUUUUUAUCCAACCAUUUGAUAGAUAUAUCUCGGCAUACAUUUGGUAUUCUAAUUGGUCUACUGAUUGCCACCUUGAUACUUAUGAUCUUUGUUUGUAUAGCUAAGCAUAAAGUCGUAAAAAGCCUAUGGAUUAAAUUUAAAGUAAACUAUCUAUGUGUUAAAAAUGAUAGACAAGACUUAGUAUCUGUUCCUUAUGCUACUUAUACAAAUGAUGCAGCAAUGGACAUGUAGAUAAAUUUUGCUUGCCACAGAAUGUUUUACUUUUUCAAAAAUGAACUAUUUCAUUUUUGCCUGUGAUUAACGUUUUUCGAUUUCACCUUGUCCUUCAUUUGGUUUCGUGGGUGUUUUUGCAACCGAUAUAAAGCAUUAAUAAAAUACUAGACUGAGUAAACUACUAUACUGAUACUGUCUGAAAUAAGUUUUUAGUACUCUGGUUAGAAAUGUGAAAUAUAGUACAGUCUUA